AUGUCUCCUCCUCGGACGCCUGUCAGUGCCACUCUACCUCCUCAGCGUCCUGCGACAAUCCGAACACAGACGCAAACCGCAGAAGCCGAAGCCGAAGCUUUGCAAGCCCUCUUUCAGUUGGGUUCCCCUCACACUUCCGUGGGCCCUCACAUUGCAAGAACAGGCACCGCCACGACCAACAACUCCAGCCAAGGACAGGUGUCUCCCAAUAGAGCCGAAUUUCCCGCACCACCCAGGCACGUUACCUUUGCAAGAAGUGAGAGCACCAGCACAACGGGCAGUGGAAUUGACACUGCCAGCGCCGCGCAGACUUCUCUACAGGAAAGUCGAAGCCGACUGGUGGAGCAACCGGUGCACCAAUGA